UCAAAGAAUUUAACAUGAAUUGAGUUAUAAGUCUUCCAAAAAUCCUCAACUUUUGCUAGUCUCUCUCAGCUGUCUCUUUCCUCUAUUUAUCCAAAAUUCCUUUCUGUUCUACCUCGGGAUUAUUUGAUAUUGACAGAACAUUAUGCAGGGGUCAUUCAGGCACAAGAAGGAGAAAAUUGCCGCAGAAGAUGAAGGCGACCAAGAACCAGAGGAUAAAAUGCCAUUUCGUGUUGAAAGAGACACCAAUGCAAGAUCUCCAAACUGCCCAUUUCUGGUUGCCCUGUCCUUGGAAGGAUGCAAAGCUCUGAGUACUAUCCCUUCUUCGUUCUUCGAGCACAUGCCUGUCCUGAAAUAUUUGAAUUUGUCGCAUACCAGCAUCAGGUCUUUGCCAGUAUCUCUUUUCAAGUUGGAUUCACUUGAACACCUCAUUCAAAGAUGCUGUAAACUUGUCACGGAAUUGUCACCCCAAAUUAGGCAGCUUCAUAAUCUCCUAGAGCUUGAUCUAGAUGCCACUCAGAUUGUGGGUUUGCCGAAGGAGAUUGGAAUGCUGUCCAAAUUAAAAAUUUUGAACGUAUCGCUUGAUGGAUACAUGAACUGUGGAAAGCAGUUGCAGCAAAAUGUAUUAAUUCAUCCUGGGACCAUUAGAAAAUGUGAUGAAAUCCAGACUUAUGAAGAAGAGCAAACCGAUGUGGUUGAAGGUGAGGCAACCAAUUGUGAGUCAUAUUAUGAUCAAGAACAUGCACUUUUUAAUCUACAAUUCCUGCAUAUCUAUUACCUGGAGAAUUUCGAGAGCAUUUGGAGCACCCCCAACUAUGAUAAGCUGUCUCCAUCUCCCUUGAAGGUCCUAGAACUCCAUACGUGCCCGAGAUUGGAAGUCAUUUUGUCACCAGCUUUGCUUAUAAAUCCUGGCAAGUUAGAAGUGCUUACGUCUAAGACUGCCCUGAAUUGACUAGUGUAGUAAGCCGAGAAAGCAAUGCAUCCUUUAAGUUUGCAUCAGAUUGUUUUCUUCCUAGCUUGAAGAUGAUACCAUUUUUCCUUCCAAAACUGGAAUUUCACAUUGCACCAAAACUGAAAAUGAUAGGCUUUUAUGAUUGCCCAGAGCUUAGGUACCUUUGUAAAUGGGAAUUGUCAAGUGAAAAUUUCAAAGUGACCAAAGGAGAAAGGGAGUGGUGGUCGCCCUGAUUAUCUCCAUAGCAUUUUCUCCCCAGUCGAUGAAGAUGAUCUUGUCUUGACACAAAUGGAAGAGAUAUAUAAGUCGAUCGAAGGCAUUCCAUAGCCUAGUAAUUUUGUAUUCAAUUCAAGGCAUUCUUUUAUUUAGUGUUUACUUGUAUCAGUAGAUUUAUACCUGGACAUAUUUCGAUUAGAUGUAUGUUAAUGUUGAUUCAAAUGAUUGGAUCUUUAUAAUGUUGUUACUGUUGAUUUCCUACUGAUGGCCACUACGCUUAAUGCUCCAUAUUCGAAAGACAUUCACCUUUGGCCAAAUAAUUAAAAACAAUCAUC